AGCAAGAAGUGUUCUCGGCUGCUGCUCUGAUAAUUCAAGAAAAUUUCCGUUUCCUUUCAAGGAGAAAUCUCCGAGUCAUUUCUGUAGAAUGGAAGCGAAAUUUGUAAUCACCAUUUCCCUCUUGGCGCUCAUGGCAGACCUACCUGGAACAAAAGGACGAAGAUGUGAAAGGUGUAAAGUGAACGAGGCGUCACCCCUCCCUGUCGACUUCUCGCGUUUAUGUGGGGAUAGCAUAAUCACGGUUUUUGACAAGAUCUGUUCAGUGUCCGCGAGACGAGGGCGCAAAAGAGAUAUGAGCACUGAUCUGUUUGUUCAAACGAAAAAUGAAGCGCAAGACUAUCUCUCAUACCAAAGAAGGAAACGGGGUGGAGGGACGAAUAUCUACGAGGAUUGCUGUGGUGAAAGGUGUAGAAUCGAAGAAAUUAAGGAAUAUUGCUAAGCUGACGAUGUGGAUAGCUUUGUGUUAAAUAAAGCCUCUUAGACUGUAUGGAUAUCAAGUUAGUUUUGUCGACUAGUCGAUCAUAUAGUACGGUUGUCUCGCUCCUUCCCAGCUGCUGUUUGGUCUCACCUCCAGCCACGCUCUCACAGGCCCUACUAAUUGUUAGGAAAUGGUCGUGAUAAGAAACAAAUAUAAGAAAUGAAAUGAAAAGGACGAAAAUAAACUGAAAGAGACUAUUUGUGGCCACUGGUCUUCAAGUGUGAGUUCUUAGGCAGUUUGAAUGAUUGGCAAUUCUGAAAAAUUUGAAUGCUGGGGUGCUUAGUGCUUAGUUUACCAAUCAGUGGAUCCCUUCCUUGCAAAUAUUUUUAAUUUUUAAGUAUAAAGGCAACCAUAAGAUCAUGCAUUCUGUUGCCUUUAAAAUCUUCAGUUUACCCUAUCUUUUCUGCUUGGGAACUAGAAUUUUUUCGUAAUGAAAAGGUCGCUUGACAAACUAGGGCAAACAGCCCAUAGGGACGAGUCAAAGAGGAGUUUGCCUUAAUUACGUAAAAUAAACUCCCAACUAUACUGGGAUCGUUACAUCUUCAAAACAAAAGCAACGUCAGGGCGGGUGUGAAACUUUCCAAAAAAGUAAGGUUACUGAUUUGGCUCAACUUUAGGAGCCAUCACUUACACCAGAAUUAUCACACGAUAACUUGUCGGGCACCAGCCUUUCCUUUUAGCUCUUUGUUAUUUACGAUAUGUAAAGCAAAACCUAGGGUAGCUACCCUCAAACAAAAUUGAUUUGUCUACAUGCAGCGCAUGGCUAAACAUAAUUCAUGUUACACAAUGUAAUUAAGGGUAUUGAUGAAAUUUUUUCUUCUCGUCCAAAUGCUUUCCUUUUCCAUUAACCAACUAGUAUGUGCUCAGUCUUCUUAUUCAUCAGU